AAGUGAUAUAAAGACAUACAGUCCGGUGCGUUGCCAUUUCGAAAAUAAAUCGUACUGAGCUACUAAAACGAGGUCACAUCGCCAUCUGAAGUUGUCUACGUUGUAUCGCGCACUCGAGUGAAGUCCACUGCGAACGGUUGCGCGCGCACUUCACACGUCGUCCGCCCAGAACGUUCAACACCUCGUCUGCCACAAUACUAAAAAAAAAAAUUAAAAAAAGAGAUAAUAACGAGGCGUUAACCAUUAAUUCAUAAUGCACUAGACAUUGCUAUUUUAGUGAACAAUGUGUUUGUGUGUACGUGACAUGUGAAUAUUUCAGUGUAGUGAUUGCGAUAUAUUUCGAUUGUCUACUUGUUGUCAUCACCUCUCACCGUUAUACGGGACCAAACUACACCAGAAACAUAACUGAAUAGUUAAUUUAACAAAAUAAUUUUACGCCUUAAUAUGUUAAUAAAGUCCAAUUCUAGACCUAGUGACCGGCAAUAAACCUAGUCCUAUUCCUAAAAGUAUAACCUUAGACUUCAAGGCCCAUUGUGGACCUAUUUUUAAUCACAAGACUCUUUCUGGGCUUUUAUUUUCAAGUCAAGGUUUCAAUCUUAGGUUUCAAGGGCCAUCCUAGGUCUGUAGUUUGAAAUCUAAGUCCGCUUUUAGCCCAAUUUAGUAAUAGUUUAACCUUAAUUCCCGACUGCCGAUUUGGUGCUAAUGAAGUAACGGAUGGAAUUACUGACAGGCGUUGUAGCUUCGAUAGACAGGGAAAGCUGAUCGAAGUGCAAGAUGAGCGUGGCGGAGGCCAGUACGGAAGAGCCCCCUGCGCCACCCGCGCCCCCUGCGCCGAUCGCGGCGGGGGGUCCCGUCACACCGGCCGCGCCCGAUGGCACUGGGACUCUCAUACCGGUGCCCGUCGCGCCCAGGAAGCCCCCCAGAAGAGGUCCAAAGGUCCAACAGGAGAGACCCAAGAGAGCCCUCUUUUGUUUGACACUUAAGAAUCCCUUGAGGAAAUUGUGUAUUGAUAUAGUGGAGUGGAAGCCGUUCGAGUGGAUGAUCCUGACUACAAUCUUCGCCAACUGUAUAGCACUAGCUGUGUACACACCCUAUCCUAGCGGCGAUUCUAAUUACACUAAUUCUGUUCUGGAAAAAAUCGAGUACAUAUUCCUGGUUAUAUUCACGGGCGAGUGCGUGAUGAAGAUAAUCGCGUACGGCUUCGUGAUGCAUCCCGGCUCCUAUCUCAGGAACGGAUGGAAUCUACUCGAUUUCACUAUAGUUGUUAUAGGUAUGGUGAGCACGGUGCUGUCAAGCAUAUUCAAGGACGCGUUCGACGUGAAGGCGCUGCGGGCGUUCAGGGUGCUUCGCCCCUUGAGGCUCGUUUCCGGAGUACCUAGUCUUCAGAUAGUGUUGAACUCAAUCCUGAAGGCGAUGGUGCCGCUGCUGCACAUCGCGUUGCUCGUCAUCUUCGUCAUCAUUAUCUAUGCUAUCAUCGGCCUCGAGCUCUUCUCCGGCAAGAUGCACAAGUCCUGCUACAAUAAACUAACAGAUGAGAUAAUGGAGUCCCCUCACCCUUGUGACAAUGAUAACGGCUUCAAUUGCUCAAGCAUCGGCGAGGAGAUGGAGUGCCGCGAGGGCUGGAUCGGCCCCAACUUCGGUAUCACCAACUUUGACAACUUCGGCCUGUCUAUGCUCACCGUCUUCCAGUGCAUCACGCUAGAAGGGUGGACCGACGUCAUGUAUAAUAUACAAGAUGCGAUGGGCAACAGUUGGGAAUGGAUAUAUUUUAUAUCGAUGGUGAUACUCGGAGCUUUUUUUGUUAUGAACCUAAUUCUUGGUGUGUUGUCGGGAGAGUUCUCAAAGGAAAGAGAGAAGGCGAAGAACCGAGGUGACUUCCAGAAGCUGCGUGAGAAACAGCAAUUGGAAGAAGAUUUGAAGGGCUACCUGGACUGGAUCACGCAGGCAGAGUAUCUAGAGCCCCUGGCUGACCAGCACGAUACUGCUGACCAAAAGAGGGAUUAUGGAAUGGGUCAGACGACGAGUGAAAACGACUCGACAGAUAACUUGGGCAUCGAGGUGUUGACGGAACAGAAGAAAAAAAUGUCGAUCGGCGAAUGUUGGAAGAAGGAUUUUGACAAAGUGAACCGUCGCAUGAAGCGUGCAUGUCGCCGCGCGGUGAAGUCGCAGACGUUUUACUGGCUCAUCAUCGUGCUGGUGUUCCUUAAUACAGUCGUGUUGGCCAGCGAGCACUACCACCAGCCCUCGUGGCUAGAUCUGUUUCAAGAGUACGGCAAUGCGUUUUUCGUGGCUCUCUUCACACUUGAAAUGUUGGUCAAGAUGUACAGUUUAGGAUUGCAAGGUUACUUCGUGUCGUUGUUCAACCGCUUUGACUGCUUCGUGGUGGUGGGGUCAAUUAGUGAGAUGGUGCUCACCAAGACGGAGGUGAUGCCGCCACUCGGCAUCUCCGUGCUUAGAUGUGUCAGGCUGCUGAGGGUCUUUAAAGUUACCAAAUACUGGCGUUCGUUGUCCAACCUGGUAGCAUCCCUUCUGAACUCCAUACAGUCCAUCGCGUCUCUCUUGCUGCUUUUGUUCCUCUUCAUCAUGAUCUUCGCGCUGCUCGGCAUGCAGGUCUUCGGCGGGAAGUUCAACUACGACCCCGUCGAGGAAAAGGAUCGGCAUAACUUCGAUUGUUUCUGGCAAGCAUUACUCACUGUGUUUCAAAUAUUGACUGGGGAGGACUGGAACGCAGUGAUGUACGAAGGUAUAAAGGCGUACGGUGGCGUGGGCUCAGUGGGCAUCCUCGCCUGUAUCUACUUCAUUAUUCUCUUCAUCUGUGGUAACUACAUCCUACUGAACGUGUUCUUGGCUAUCGCAGUAGACAACUUGGCUGACGCUGAAUCACUCACUAAUAUUGAAAAAGAAGAGGGCCAAGCAGCAGAAGAGAAAGAAGGAGGCAGUAUAAUCGCUGAAGGCGGCCAUGCUGAUACAGAUGACGAGUACAUACACGAUGAAGAUGCUUACACGACUGAUAAUUCGGAAAGAGAGUAUGAAGAAACAGGAUCAGAGGGAGAGCAGCAAGAGGAAAUAGAGGGAGAAGAAGAUAUUGGGCCUGAAGAAGAGAUCGGAGAAGAGAGAUUGGAAGAUGAACAAGAAAGAGACGAUCUCGACAUGAUGGAGAGUCAUCAAAGAAAUCAUAUAGUGAACACAGAGUUCGAUGACGAGCCCCGACUGAAACGUAAACCGACCACAUCUUCGGCGAGACCGCGUCGCCUCUCCGAAGUUGAUAUUCGCGACUCUAAGAAACCAAUACCCGACGCAUCUUCGUUCUUCAUAUUUUCCAAAACCAACAGGUUUCGCGUACUCUGCUACAAGUUGUCGGCUUCCUCUACCUUCGGGAACAUUAUCCUCGUCUGUAUCCUCUUCUCCUCCGCCAUGUUGGCUGCGGAGGACCCAUUGGAUGCAGCCCAGAGGGGUUUUAGGAAUUGGCUGUUGAGUCAGUUCGAUAUGUUCUUCACGGGCAUCUUCACGUUGGAGCUGUUCCUCAAGCUAGUCACGUACGGACUAGUGCUGCAUCCUGGCGCCUUCCUGCGCUCCGCUUUCAACGUGCUCGACAUGCUCGUCGUCUGCGUCUCACUCAUCUCUAUGAGCUUUAAGUCUGGCAGUAUAUCUGUAGUGAAAAUUUUGCGAGUGUUCAGGGUGCUGAGGCCUCUUAGGGCCAUCAACAGGGCCAAGGGCCUUAAGCACGUUGUUCAGUGCGUGAUUGUUGCCAUCAAAACGAUCGGCAACAUUUUAUUGGUAACGUCAUUACUACAGUUCAUGUUUGCAGUCAUGGGAGUGCAAAUGUUCAAGGGGAAAUUUUUUAGAUGUAAUGAUAUUUCUAAGAUGACUAAGGAGGAGUGUCAGGGGACAUAUUUAGUAUUUGAGAAUAGAAACUAUGUAGUAAGAGAUAGAGAAUGGAGAAGAAACGACUUUCAUUUUGACAAUGUAAUGAAGGGUAUGCUUACACUGUUCACCGUAUCAACAUUUGAAGGAUGGCCAGGAUUGUUGUACGUGUCAAUAGAUUCGAAUGCGGAGGACCGUGGCCCCAUAACUAACUUCCGUCCAAUUGUUGCAGCCUACUAUAUUAUUUAUAUUAUUAUUAUUGCCUUCUUCAUGGUUAACAUAUUCGUCGGUUUCGUCAUAGUGACAUUCCAAAACGAGGGUGAGCAGGAGUACAAAAACUGCGAACUCGACAAGAACCAAAGAAACUGCAUUGAAUUCGCUUUGAAAGCUAAGCCUAUUAGAAGGUACAUCCCAAAGCAUCGCAUCCAGUACAAAGUGUGGUGGUUUGUGACGUCACAGCCGUUUGAGUACGCCAUCUUUGUAUUAAUCAUGAUAAACACCAUCACCCUCGCAAUGAAGUACCACAACCAGUCACCUGAAUACAGCAAAGCGUUGGAUCUACUCAACAUGCUGUUUACAGCUGUCUUCGCGCUAGAAUUUAUAUUUAAACUGGCUGCCUUCAGGUUCAAGAAUUACUUCGGUGACGCGUGGAACACAUUCGACUUUAUCAUUGUCCUCGGCAGCAUCAUUGACAUCGUUGUCUCACAAGUAAAUGAACUCAAGAACCAGGGUAGUGGAUUACCAAGAGCUCAUGUCGUGAAGGAGUCUUCGAUACCAUCAAUAAACUUCUUCCGGCUAUUCCGUGUAAUGAGACUGGUUAAGUUAUUGUCAAGAGGUGAAGGCAUACGCACGCUGCUGUGGACUUUCAUCAAGUCUUUUCAAGCGUUGCCAUACGUUGCUCUGUUGAUACUUAUGUUGUUUUUCAUUUACGCCGUUGUUGGGAUGCAGGUAUUCGGCAAGAUAGCAAUAGACGACGAUACUCCCAUCACUCGCAACAAUCACUUCCAAACGUUUCCGCAAGCUAUCUUAGUAUUAUUUCGUUCCGCCACUGGCGAGGCAUGGCAGGACAUAAUGAUGGGCGUGUCCCCAGAGCCCGAAGUCAAGUGCGACAAGAACUACGAGGACGAGGGGGAAGAGGGCGGAGGGACGUGCGGCUCCGUGCUAGCCUUCCCAUACUUCAUCUCCUUCUAUGUGCUCUGUUCAUUUCUGAUCAUAAAUCUGUUCGUAGCCGUCAUUAUGGAUAAUUUCGACUAUUUAACUAGAGACUGGUCAAUAUUGGGACCACAUCAUUUAGAUGAAUUUAUAAGAUUAUGGAGUGAGUACGACCCUGACGCUAAGGGUCGAAUUAAACAUUUAGACGUAGUUACUUUAUUAAGAAAAAUAAGUCCACCAUUAGGUUUCGGUAAGCUAUGCCCCCAUCGUGUGGCAUGCAAGCGUCUCGUCAGUAUGAACAUGCCACUAAAUUCCGAUGGCACGGUGCUCUUCAAUGCCACCCUCUUUGCUGUCGUCCGCACUUCACUCAAGAUCAAGACUGAUGGUAACAUUGACGAUUGCAACACGGAGCUUAGGGCAGUAAUCAAGAAGAUAUGGAAGAGAACAUCUCCAAAGCUGUUGGACCAAGUUGUACCUCCCCCCGGAGAUCCCAACGAGAUCACGGUCGGCAAGUUCUACGCCACAUUCCUUAUACAGGAUUAUUUCAGAAGGAAUCACGCGUUCAAAAAGCGAAAGGAGCAAGAGAUGCGUCAGAGUGAUGAGCAGAAUCAUCAGAUGACGCUGCAGGCGGGACUGCGCACGCUGCACGAGGCGGGACCGGAGCUCAAACGCGCCAUCUCCGGGAACUUGGAUGAUAUCACUGCAGAUACUGAUGUACCUAUGCAUAGGAGAAAUCAUUCUUUAUUCGGUGGAGUCUGGUCAAGUAUACGAAGACAUGGGCCAAAUAAACAUUUCAAUCGACACCGGAAACCAGGAGAGGGACCAACAGAAGCCGUUGGAAAUCAUCUAAGUUCAAUGAUGCAGAAGGAAUAUGGGGUAGGACCGUUGCCUCUUGCACCAAAUUUGGCUAACGGACAACCAAAAGAACAGAUACCACUCAGACCGCUAAUAUUAAAUGGGGAGUCGGAGAAAAUAUAUCAGGUGCUUGAGGGGAGAUAACUGCGUGCGCGGCGUGGUGUCCCUGCCCGGCAGCCCGCGCGGGAACAGCGCGUCCGUGCCCGUCGUGGGUUCU